AUGAUGCUUAAGUUCCUGGGCAUUGACUUCGACAUCCUCGAAGCCAGCGACCAUGUCGGAGGGCGGUGUGCUACACACAGCUUUGUCGGAGUCGGCCCCGACUGCGCACAUGAUUAUUAUGACAUGGGUGCCAUGAGGGUCCCCAACAUCGGCUCGAUGAAAUCGACACUCAACCUAAUCAAGAGCCCGUCCCUGCUCAACAUUCCUGAUAGUCUGGUUGAGUAUGUGUACACGGUUUACACGGUGGACAGCCAGGGUAAUCCGACUUACCAUGAACCAUUCUGCUACUGUGCGUCGAAGUGCGAAAAUGCUAUCAAAGAUGUGCUCAAGGAGCUCCAGUCCGUGGUACAAAUCUACUUCGCCAAGGGAUAG